GUGGUAUUAAAAUACAGAUAAUAGUGAUAUUACAUUCUAAUAUGAACCCCUGUGCAUUUUCAGGCCUGACAGUAACCCGACUGGAACUUCCUUCCGGUCCGUUGGCUCUGCUCUCCAUGGGUACUAGGUGCUCUCCUGUAGGGGGCGGUACUGUUUAUUUCAGCCGCUAGCUUUCGCGGAAGGAAAUGAUUGUAACACCCGCCAACUAUCGUUUUGUUGUGACUCGGGUUGCUAGCUACUGAUGGCUACUAAUACUGUCUUAAGGAAUCGAGAUGAAAAUGAGCCGGAAACGUAAGUCCAGCUCUCCAGAGCCUAUACAUGCAAGAGUUUCCAAGAAGGAACCAAGGUCUUUUGAAACCAGACAGACCUUCAGUCCAGACAAGAUUUUCACUCCCUACAAGAGAAAUGUCCCAAAAACAUCAUCUCCCAGAAGGCUUUCACCUAGAUUUAUGUGUCAUGGCCAUGAAACAGUUUUACCUUUAGGUAAUGCUCAGAUUGGGCUUGACAUGGUACAGUCUUCCAGAAGUCCGGAGUCAUCCCCUCUUCAGUCAGAGGUGGACACAGAGGUUGGACUUGUCAUCACGCUCGAUGAAGAGGGAACCCAAGAACGAGAGCAGCUGAGGAAAAAGAGUGGCGGAAAACUGAUGAAAGGUUUGCCAACAAAUGAUAACAAAGCAAUAUCAAAUAAUGAGAGAAAUGCUGAAGAAUCCAGUCAGGAUGAAGACAGUGAGGAAGAGUUCAGAAAACUGGACCGGGACUUAGCCAUCAAGUCAAAACAGCACAACCUUACUUCAGUCCAUGUGCGCAGUAUCAUACAUGAGGUGAUCACAAAUGAACAUGUAGUAGCCAUGAUGAAAGCUGCUAUCAGAGAGACCCAGGACAUGCCCAUGUUUGAACCCAAAAUGACACGGUCAAAGCUCAAAGAGGUUGUUGAGAAAGGGGUGGGAAUUCCUAAUUGGAAUAUCUCACCUAUUAAGAAAUCGAAAGAAAUAAAGCCUCCUCAGUUUGUGGACAUUCCUCUUGAGGAUGAGGAAGACUCUUCAGAUGAAGAGUAUUACCCUGAUGAGGAUGAAGAGGAUGAGACUGCAGAAGAGACUAUCCUCGAGAGUGAUAUGGAUAGCAUAGCAUCAUCACCACGUAUCAGUAGACCAGCUCGCUCUUGCACACCCAUAGAGCUCUCAGAGUGCGAGGAAGAAAGAGGCAGCAGUCCACGAAUGAAGCCAAGGCACUUAAAAGUAGAAGCAGUGCCUAUGGGCCCUCCUGCUCCACCCUCCCUAUCCGGUGUACCUUCUCGCUCCUCUAAGACUCUUGAUUCAUUUAUGGAAAAAUUGCACGCAGUAGAUGAAGAGCUGGAGCUCAGUCCCCUCUGCAUGGAGCCUUACCAGGCUAUGAGCAGUGGUGAGAAUACUAACGAAAGCUUGGUGGCAUGCCGGACACGAUCCAAGCGUCCGUUGAGGGAUGUCCCUUUAGACCAGCUGGAGGCCGAGCUUAAGGCUCCUGACAUUACACCGGACAUGUAUGAUUGCGUCUCCGCUCUGGAGGACAAAGAGUGGAGCCAGUGGCUGCAGAGCCUCAUGACAUCACACCCGGGCAACGAAGAAGAGGGUGAUGAAGAGGAUGAUGAUGAUCCUGAAUAUAACUUUCUUGAUGAUCUCGAUGAGCCUGAUUUAGAGGACUACCGCAACGACCGUGCAGUUCGUAUUACAAAGAGGGAGGUGAAUGAGCUCAUGGAGGAGCUGUUUGAGACGUUCCAGGAUGAGAUAGGAGUAAAUGAGGAUGAAGAUGCCCACGAGGAAGAUGAGGAGCAGGAAAAAGUGUCCUCACAAAGCACUGCUAAGUUCAAUGUCCCCCAAGCCAUUCGAUUUGAGGAGCCACUGGCCCACAUGUUGACCAUGUGCAGGCGUACAGUCCGUGAGCAGCUUGACCUUCUCCAGCAGCGUCGAGAACACCAGGGCCAACCUCACCAAAAUGUACCAGGACCGGCCAUGCUUCUAAUCCCUCCGCCUAGUACCUUGAUGGUGACCCCUACUCAGAAGCAGCAGCUGCAACAGCAGAUUCAACAGCAUGUCCAGUUGUUGACACAGGUGAACAUGCUGUGUAGUCAUGUUGAGGCACUGAAAAGCCAUGCAGCCACCACCAAACUAUUCUUGACCGAGUUGCAGUCGUUUGCAGAGCGGGCAGAGCAGAUGAGGGCAGUGGUUGAUCCUGGAUUUAGGAGUGCAUUCCGGGUGUGUAACCUACAGCCAUCUCUGGACCUGCUGGACGAGCUGGAGAAAAGACCCAUUCCUCAGUCCAAAACUACACUAUCACAUGCUGUGCACCGCUACCCGCUUCUGCCAGCUCACCUAGCCUGGUUGUUCGCCACUAGGUCAGCAUUCUUGUACCCAGAGUUACUACCCCACUGCAGUCUGGACCCUGCCCUCCAACCCCCACGCAGCAAGACUAUUUACACAAAAGGAGAGGAUGGUCUGAUUGUUUUGGGACUGAAGCAUUUCAGUGAGACUGAAUUCCCCUACCAUUUAAUGAGCCAGUAUCUCAUUCAGCCUAAGAGGCUGGAGCAGCUACGUGCCCGUGUGAAAGACAUGUGCUCAAGCAGGGCUACAGACAACAUCAUCAAGUUUUACUGUCAGCACCACGUGGUUCCUCGACUACCUGUGGCCUGCCAUCCAGUUGUCCCAGGGGAAGAGCGCCCACCUGUGGAAAGAGAGAAAAACAUCAUGCCAAAUUGGGUUUUGAAAAGUUUGCCAUACAUUUAUAAAUCAGUGUUUGAGAGGCCAUCAGAAGAGAGGACAUCAACAGGUAUGGGGACACCUCCUGGGUCACCUCCUGUCCCCACCUUUCCAGAGGGAACACGGUACCCAUCGUACCUCCCUAAAGGUUUAAAUCUGCAACUGCAUCCUUCAGCCAAGCGUCAAAGUUCUGCUCGACCAUCCAAGCCCCGUCCUCUACACGGUUUUGCUCGUCCUGCUUCCAAACCAUUAGCAAAGGCCCCUCUAUGCCCUGUUGGUACAGUUAAUUUACUGUCCCCAGUCCCAGCACCCCUCCCCUCUCAAGGAGUAAUACUUUUAACUCAGGCCCCAUUAAUUCCAGUGAAUGAGGCUCUUCCAGUGUCCCAGGUAACCACAACCCCUGCUCAUGGAACAGUACCAUUAAACUCUGUUGGUCCUGUGAACUUCCAAUAUAUUGUUCCACCGCCAGGCAGUGUUAAUCCCAUAGAGCCUUCUGCUAGUUUGCCCCCAGCUGCAGUUCAGAUACCUUCAACUCUUGCUGAAUCCUAUAAUAAGCAUGUCCCCACUAAUGGGAUUGGUAAUUGCAAAAAACGUUUGGAGACGAAAAUGGAAGUGCCAAGGAAAAAAAUCAUGCCCAGAAAUCUCCUGCCCAUGCAACCUCCCCCCUUUAAUCCAACCCAGCUACUCCCUCACAACCCAGUUAGUGUUAUUCUGGGCACAGCCCAAAAUGUUACAUCUGCUAACAGCCCUAAUGCUGCUCCAUCUAUGGUCAUCAUUCAACCUUCGUCCUUACUGGAUACUCCUUAUGUCCUUACAUCUCUAGAUUCGCAAGGAUCGGUCAAGUCCUCUACUACUCAACCAGUCAGUGGUCUCCCUUUCCCAGGAACAUUGUCCAGGCCACUGUUUGACAGACUGUCAAGCCCAGACACUAAUAAGGAGCCUGCAGACAGUGAGAUUCAACUAUUUGUGUCAAAUCACCAAACCGAUGUUUUGCCAGACACUGCAGUUAGAAGCAUAAGCACUACAAAUCUUAACUGUGGUUCAUUUGCGCCCAGAAUUGGAAGUAUUUGCGUUACCCCACAUAGCACCAGCCUGUCAGCUCACUCUGAUGUACCUGGAGUUAAUUCUCAGUUUGUUUUUCUUCAGGCAGCUUCACAGGCGGGUUCACCACAAUCCUUUCCAAUCCCCCAAACCAGUCUGAUCACAACUCAGCCUCCGUUGCAUUCUGCUAAAGGAGAAAGCAAAGUACCUCAGCAAAAAAAUACUACAUUAAAUGUUACAGAAGAUAAUUUAUCAGCUCUUACUGUUUCGCUGCCUUUGAAAGGUGCUAUAAGCCAAGCCCCAGCUGUACCCAGUACCAAUAUGUGUGGUGAUGAGAUGUGGCAGGAGGAUAUGGAGGCAGGAGCAAAGGUAGGUGGAGAAGAUAUGGCUAGUGCUUUAUUUGGAAACUCCCUUCUUAUGUUGCCCGAGUCCUCCUGUAUCCCAGGCUCCAGUUUGAGCAGUAUUAGCCAUAUGGACAGCAAUACCGAGACAUUACAUAAUGUGAUGGAGGAUAUUCCAAACACUGGAGAACAGCACAGCAGUCACUUCAGUAAGGAGAGUGGUGCCGGGAGCACUCAUGAUCCUGAUAAAUCAAACAAGAGUGAAGGACGAGUUAGCAGUACAGAUGAAGUACCAGGACUGUAUACCUUUACUUCUGGUGCUGGAAACAAGGAACCUCCUGGGGGAGGAGAGAGGUUGAACAAGGGAAAUGAUGGAGAGCAGGCAGAAGGGCAUCAGAAUGAGGGAAGCCGAGAUGGUGAAGAGAGAGAUGCAAAUGAUAAAGGUGAGAAUAGGGGAGAUGGAGAUGGUGGCAGAGGGAGGCAGGGGAAUGAAGAAGGGGAUAAAAAUGAUGAUGAGAAGGAUGGUGAUGGAGAGCGAGAAGAGGAAGAGGAGGAUUUUGAUGAGCUCACACAAGAUGAAGAUGAGGAGGAAGUGAUGUCAUCAGCAUCUGAAGAAUCUGUUCUCUCAGUGCCUGAAUUGCAGGAGACAAUGGAAAAGCUGACCUGGCUGGCAUCAGAGCGGCGGUUAUGUGGGGAAGGGGAUUCAGAGGAGGACAACUCUCCAAACUCUCCCACCUCCCCCACCUCACCAAUCUCUCAAAACUCUCAGGAGGAUAAUUCAGAAGAUGAGGAGGAUGGGGGAUUGAAGGGUGAAGAGCUAGAGCCCACAGAGGGAGAGGGAGGAAAACUCCCUGAAGAAGAUGCACCUCAGGAGGAUGACCCUCCACAGAACAGUGGAAAAGGAGCUGGACGUGGUAGAGGUCGUGGUCGCCCCCCACCCCGCAGUCUUAGGAAGAGCAGGCGACAGGAACGGGCCAGCAAGGACACUUCAAAACUCCUCCUGCUUUGUGAUGACCACAUCCUGGAUAAUGAUCCGAUGAGGGAGAGCAAGGACAUCGCUUAUGCACAGGCCUACCUGAACAGAGUGAAAGAGGCCCUGCAGGACACUCCAGGCAAGGUGGAGGAGUUCUUGAGUCUGCUUUAUGAGUUCGAGCAGGGAAGCGAGAGUCGUAGUGUUGUUGAACUUUUCUGUCAACUCAAACCUAUGCUUAAAGACUGUCCGGAGCUGUUGAGGGACUUUGCUGCUUUUCUUCUUCCAGAGCAGGCUCUGGAAUGUGGCCUGUUUGAGGAGCAGCAGGCUUUUGAGCGAAGCAGGAGGUUCCUAAGACAGCUGGAGAUCAGUUUUGGAGAAAACCCUACACACUACCAGAAGAUUGUGAAAGCUCUUCAGGCUGCAUCUGCCCCCACCCCUGCAGGAGUAGAAGAGCUUAAAGCACAGAUGGCCACCCUCCUUAAAGGUCACACACACCUUCAGGGAGAGUUCUCUGUAUUUUUUGAUAACCUCCGUCCACCACCAGCUCGUCCGGGGCAGUUUGAGGAAGCAACCUGGCCUGAAGAUGGAGGGAUCAUGACCGAAGGAGGUGAUGGAGUGAGUUUGGGGAGUGGUGGGUUUGAGGAAGUUACACUACCUGAUCUGGAGGAGGAAGAGGAAACACCUAAAAUUGCCCAAAUAACAGGAAAGAGCAGGAAAAGAAAAGAGCUAGGCACACACAGGAACUAUAAGCAGGCUUGUGAUUGGCCAGAGAAGCACUGCCCCUGUCACUGCCAUUUCUCUAGUCAUGAUGCGAAGCAUCGCAAACACAAGAGGAAAGUCUGCGCUUGCUGCCAUGUCAUCAAGGACACUGAUGGCUCAAAGUCAUUGAAGACAGGUGAACAUGCAUUCGCCACAGCAGACCCUCUACCUGAGAAGCAGGAAGAAAGGGAGGAAUCUGAGAAAGGAGUAGAGGAAGAUAAAGAGAAAGAGACAGAAGUUGAGAAAGAUGAGUCUGGUAGUGGUGCAAACAGUCCACAUCAUGGUCCAGAAGGCCAAGCAUGGGAGUGCAUUGACGCAGAUCCUUUAGCCAACCCUGACGAAAGGGAGGAUGAGGAGGUGGAAGAAGAGGAGGAAGAGGAAUGGAAGGAAGGAGAGCAGGAACACUGUUCCUCUCCUAGUAAGUCUAUCAGGGAAGAUGAUGUUCCAUCUGCUGCAUACCCAAAUACUUUACUUCCUCAGUCAGAAGAAAGGGAGACGUCACAGCAGAUCUGGCAGAGUCCCUCGUCUGACACACCUGUCUGUGCCAAGAACAUCUCCCUUACUCCCAGUGGAGAGAAAGUUGUCCUCUGGACCAGAGAGGCAGAUCGGGUCAUUUUAACAGCUUGUCAGCAGCAGGGGGCCAAUCAAAGCACCUUCCAAUCUGUGUCAGCACAACUUGGCAACAAAACUGCCAGUGAGGUUUCUAAGAGGUUCCGGGACCUGAUGCGUCUGUUUCAUACUUCAGCUCGGCAAGCCAGCUCAGAUGAGGAGGCCACUGAACAGCAAUCAGCUACUGACGAGGAGCAAGACUGAAACUUCUCUGAGAAUGGGCUUACACUCUUUACAGACCAGCUAAAAACAUUUGAGCUACAAAUGUAGACAGCAUAACUACAAUAACCACGGGAACAGAAUGAGCUAUUGGAAUCACAUAUUGAACUUACAUAGUUGAAUCAAUUAGGCAAAUCUAAUGUCAACCUGAUUUCACAUCAGGGAUGUGGUUUAUAGCAGUAUUGAAAAUGAACAUGCUGGGGCUACUAAUUUAUCACCAGCUUAUGAAUUGAGAAUGGCAGCUACUUGUUUCAUUACAAGACUUUUUUCCAUUUAUGUUUUAUGUUUGCUUCGCAAUGGACAAAUUGUAUAUACCUGUAUUAUAAAUAUAAGAUGGGCAUGUCCCUAAUAUGUACAGUAUUUUUACACAAGAUUUUUCCCCCUUGUCUUUAAGGUUUUGAUUAAAAGAAAAUAGGAAAUCUGCUUGCUUAUGGCACAUUAAUUAAAUGAUUCUCUGUUUAAAAAACACAUUUUCUGUCAACACAACAGGAGUAAA